GGUCGUCAUCAACGCAUUACUCGUGUUACUCGUGUAUAAGUACGGUGCCUUCCCCUCUUCUCCUUGGAAACCUCUAGACUGAGCUCCUCAUCAGCGUUCGACGAAUCUCUGCCCGAUCGAAUCUCCAGGCAACUCUUACAGGUGAUAACAGGGAUGGCUACCGGUAGUGAUGCUGGAAAGUCCGCUGAGGCAGUGUUGGAGUGGCCUAAGCAGGACAAAAAGAGGAUGCUGCAUGCUGUUUACCGUGUGGGAGAUCUCGACCGCACAAUUAAGUGUUACACAGAAUGCUUUGGGAUGAAGCUGCUGAGGAAAAGAGAUGUCCCCGAAGAGAAGUACACCAAUGCCUUUCUUGGAUAUGGACCUGAGGAUACUAAUUUUGCACUUGAGCUGACUUACAAUUAUGGUGUUGACAAGUACGACAUUGGAGCGGGCUUUGGACAUUUUGCCAUCGCAAAUGAGGAUGUGUACAAGCUGUCUGAGACAAUUAAAUCAUCUGAUUGUUGUAAGAUCACUCGUGAACCUGGUCCUGUCAAGGGAGGGUCCACUGUGAUUGCCUUUGCACAAGACCCAGAUGGUUACAUGUUUGAGCUUAUCCAGAGGGGUCCGACGCCUGAGCCUCUCUGUCAAGUUAUGCUUCGUGUUGGUGACCUUGAUCGGGCUAUCAUGUUCUACGAGAAGGCCCUUGGGAUGAAGCUUCUGAGGAAGAAGGAUGUGCCUCAGUAUAAGUACACUAUUGCCAUGAUGGGCUAUGCUGAGGAGGACAAGACCACUGUUCUGGAGUUGACAUACAACUAUGGUGUCACGGAAUAUAACAAGGGCAAUGCAUAUGCUCAGGUUGCUAUUGGCACUGACGAUGUGUACAAGAGCGCUGAAGCAGUUGAGCUGGUUACCAAAGAACUAGGUGGAAAGAUUCUAAGGCAGCCAGGGCCACUGCCGGGGCUGAACACCAAAAUCACCUCUUUCCUUGACCCAGAUGGCUGGAAAGUGGUUCUGGUGGAUCAUGCGGACUUCCUCAAGGAACUCCACUGAAGAUGAGCAGGCUCAAAUGUUAGUGUUGCGAGGAGGCAAACCUUAUGUUAGCAAUGGUCUGUGUGUGAUUGUAAUAAAACAAACCUUAUGUAGUAGCAAUGGUCUGUGUGUGAUGUAAUAAAACGGCAGCCUCUUCCGCUCGACGAACAAACAUAAAAAAGCAACCACCGCAUGCGUAUGCGGUGAUUGACCUAGUGUUAUCAAGUUGCUUGCAGUUUGAUUAUCA